GCCCCCCAAACCUCCAAAUAGGACGGGAGCAGCUUCUAGGCCAGGGCUGAGUCAACAAAAUGUAGAAAUGAGACCCCCUGAGGGAGAGAAACCGCGUUUAAAGGCAACUGUGGGCGAGGCAAUUUGCUUCACCCACCCGGGGAAGGUGGUGCGGAGCGCGGGAACACCCAGGGGAGGUGCGAGGGAAAGCGGCUUCGCCCGGCGCCGCUGUCACCCCGUUCUGGCACCGAUUUCUCCUCGCCGGGAGGGAAGCUCGGCCACGGCAGCGGCGCGAACCCUCCGCGGCGCGACAGGCCACGCCGUCGCCUCCCGGUGCUGAAGGGACAAAAACCCUUCGGGGUGGAACGGGUGGCAGCAAUGGGCGAGGAGAAAAUCCAGCCUCACCUGCAAUCCCUACGGAAGGUGUUAGCAGAGUUUCUGGACUGGAGAGCGAGCGAAGAGAAGCAACGCCUGGACUACCUGCAGAAACACGCGGGAUCGUCUCUGCGCCACGUCCCGGCGCCUCGCGAAGCCCCAAACCCGGCGGGAGCUGCCGGGGCGGAUCCCGGGCAGGAGAGGAGCGGAGCCGAGCGGCGCCGCAUCGGGGCCGAGUUCGAGCGGCUGCGCCGGUUCCUGGCGGAGAAGGAGCGGGAGGUGCUGGGGCGGCUGGCGGAGCUCGAUGCCGCCUUCGAAGCUGCCCACGAGGACAAAUCCGAGCGGGUGGCCGAGGGAAUCGCCCGGCUCCACGGGCUCAUCGGGCAGCUGGAAGCCAAACGCUCGCCGCAGGGUAGCGGGAGCAUCCUAAGCAGCUGGAGCGAAAUGAGGCUUCACCUCCCCUCCGGGCUCCCGGCCGAGCUGGAAAAAAGCCUGAGCUCCUGCCGCCGCCAGCGGGCUGCUCUGCGGGAGGCCCUGGAGGAAUCCAGGGAGAAUUCAGACACAGGGAGCCCCGAAGCGAAGCCGAGCCCGGGGAAAUCUCCCAGCGCAGAGGAGCGGGCGAAGGCGGCUCCUGUCCCGCAGCUCUUGGCGGACAGAAAAAGCGUCCGGUGGGAUGAGGAGCAGCGGGCGCAGCGCGGGGAGCCCCGGAGCAGCCAGGAGCCGGCGGCUUGGGGGGAACCCCGGGGAGCCGCAGGACGCGGGAACGGGGCUGGGUGAGCUGCUGCUGCUGCUGCUUCCCCCCUCCCCGCCCGCCCCGGGUACCCACGCGUGUUCCCCCGGCCACGGGCGGGGUUAGAGCCAAGCCGCUCCCCCAGCUCCGAUCCCGCAGAAGCGAGUGACACCCACCCCCCCACACACCCCCCCCGCCAGAUUCACCCUCCAGCAGCCGUUCCGCUUCCUCAAAAAUCUUACGGUGCUCAAGAGCUGCCACUCGCUGUGAUAAAGAAUAAAACCGAACUUCCAGGGAACGGAA